ACCUCAAAGAAAACAAGUCAGGAGGGAAGGGCCAGAUAGAAACACAAAGGAAGAAGCAAAGGCGGGGACUAAAAGCCGCUCUUUUCACUUAAGUUAAGUCAAGCUCUCAUACUGGAGGGAUGGGUGAUCCGGCAAACCUGGUGGAUUCCGUCACACCGCCUGUUGUCACAGCGAUUCCUGCAGGAAAAAUGCAAGAUGCUACUAAAACCCAGUCAGCCAGUAAGAAUGGGAAGAAGGCAGACUCUGGCUCCAGCAGCAGCAGUUUCUUCACCUGGUUCAUCGUGCUGGCCCUGCUUGGUGUCUGGACAUCUGUAGCUGUGGUCUACUUUGACUUGGUUGACUAUCAAGGAGUUCUUGACAAGGCUAAGGGCAUACAGAUUAACCUGUCUGAAACAUUGCAAGGUAAACUGGCAGCAUACGACACAGAUGGAGACGGGGACUUUGAUGUUGAGGAUGCCAAAGUGCUGCUUGGGCUGAAAGAGAAGGCUGUUGUCACCACCACCUGUAGCCAGGAGGCUGCUUCUCCUGUGGAUGCUGAUGAACCUGAACAAACACCUGAAGCCAUAAUUGAAGUUGACCCUGUGCCUGUGGAAGAUGUGACUGAGGAAGAGAUUGAAGCUGUUGUGGCAGAAAAUACUGUUGCGCAAUCACCAGAACCUGAAGUACCUGCUGAACCUGAGGUGGUAGCACCUGAGCCUGAACCAGAGCCCGUGGAGAUUCCUGAGGUGAUGGAGGAAGAUCCAGAGGUGCUUGAGGAGGAGCUUCCUUCUGUGGAUGAGGAUACACCUGAAGACCAGGCUGAGGAGGAGGUUGCUCCUGAAGAGGACGAGGCAGCAGCUGGGGAGGAAGCAGAGGAAAUGGCAGGAGAUGAGCCAGCUGAGGAACCAACAGAAGAGGCCAGGGAUGCACUCGAGGAAUCUUUUUACGAGGCAGUGGAACUAACCGAGGUGAAUUCUGAUGACUCCAUAGAAUGGGAGAGUGUUCCUGUUGAAGAAUCUGUUGAGGAGCCAGUUGAGCUGGAGGAUACUCCAGCUGAAGAAGAGGCAGAGGAGACCUUUACAGAAGAAGCUGUUGAGGAAGUAGCAGCCACAGAAGAGGAGACUGCUCCCUCAGAAGAAUCUGCAGAAGAAGCUGUCGAAGAUGUGGCUGAACUGGACGAGGUGGGGGAAGCUCAUUCAGAGGAGCCUGCUGGGGAGGUGGCACCAGAAGAGGCUUUUGUUGCAGAAGAUGAAGCUGUGGAAGAGACUGCAUUCGCAGAGGAACCUGCUAUAGAAGAAGUAGCUGUGGAGGAGGACACAUUCUUAGCGGAACAAACUACAGAAGAAGAAGCUGUUGAGCAGCAAACUGAUGAUGAAGAGGCAGUUACAGAAGAGGAAAUCGAGGAGGCCACCGAUGAAGCUGGCAUGGAGGCAGCUCCUGAAGAAUUAGAUGAAGAUCAAACAUUUCCAGACACAGAUGAAAUGACAGAAGAGGUAGAGGAAACAGAGGAAGCUGCAGCAGCCUUUGCUGAGACAGAGGAACAGCUUAAGGAUGAGCCCACAGAAACGUAGAGGCAGCAGCAGUCACUGUGCUGAUGGAGCCGCGACCCACUAUGGAUCGGCACUAUCUGAGCAUGCUCAGAAUGAUGCAUCUCUCCACGUACAGAGAAGUUUCCAUGACAACCCUACUCCCAUCUUCAAUUCCUCUUUUUAGAACGUUCCUUUAGUAAAAUGUGAGAUGAUGGAUGAAUUGUUUACUAAUAUGGUAUUUCUCAGUUUCAUUCCUUUAUGCAUCCUUUUUUUUUAUUUUGCAUGUAAAUUGCCCGAUUUGCUGACAGUUUUGAGGGAUAUGUGUGUCUACCCUACAGUAUCAAACAAUUUCUCAGCUUCAUUUUCAAGUCUGAAUAUUUUUUGUUUUUAUAUGGAGCCAGAUUCUGCUGCAGUUUUAUUAACGUUUGUGUAUUCAAACUUUGAGGUCUGGGGGCGACAAAAUCUAAAACAAUUGCUCUGAGUGCAGCCGGAAACCCUUUCUGCCUUCCGACCAGUAACACUCUUUUCUUUUUGUCUAGUUAGUCCAGUCAACUCUGCUCCUUCUCAUCAUACUCUCAAUAAAAUGUAAGAUCAACUCUGGCCAGUUUAGAUUCUAUGCAAAGGGGUGCUAGCAUGCCCUCCCCACUCCUGACCAGGUAAAAUACCACUCCUGGAUGAGCCAUAUGCUAAGACUCUGAGGGAAAGGUGUGUGUGUGUGUGUGUGUGUGUGUGUGUGUGUGUGUGUGUGUGUCUGCACGCAGUUGGGUUUGUCUGUUGAUGAGCGUUUAUCCAAUCAGUUCUUUCUGAGCCCUUGUAAUCAGGUUGUGCCGUUUAUUUCGAGACUUUACUCCUCUCGUUCUUCCCCUCAGUGUGAUUGUGUAUUUCUUCUGUAAACUCCUAGCUGUUUCUUUAUCUCAUUACCUGAAAAGAAAAUAAGUGUUCUUAAGUUUUAAAUGAAAACUUGAGGUCAUUAAGUCUGAACUGUGAUGAACAUGAUGUCCUGUAGAACAUGCACUACUUUUCCCUUCAACAUGCCAGCUGUGGAUUCAGGCAGGAUUAAAGCAUCCAAACGCUCCUGUAAAACAUGACUCACCUCCGACUCAUGAAGGGUCACAGAUCAGCCGUUAUGUUUUUGAGGAAAUCCGACUUCAGCUAGCUGUGGGUCAAAUAGUAUUGUUUAACAUGGGGAAAUGUACUUCCUGCUUCUGUCCUAAAGGGACAACUAGGGACAAUUUUAUUUGAUCAUUUCCGUUUACCUUUGUGACAUGUGGACCUAAUGAAAUAUCAGACAAAUUCACUGAACUUUACAUUAACUCAGAAUACAGAGCAUUUAGCAGGCUAAUCUGCAAAUAAAAUCAGCAUCCAUCACCAUGGAUCCGAUGAGGUCCAAACCACACACUACCAAACUGAGAUACUGACCAAACUGUUCAGUCCAUGAAUCGCUAGUUUGAAAGGAGCAGCUUGGUUUUUGGUGUCACAGUCCCUGUUUGUCUCUAAUCCUAUAACGAUCACUUUGUUUAAGGAUGUGUGCUAGCUGUGUUUUUUUGUCCUGGUUUGUUCGACGUCUCACUCUUAAGGCGUGGACUGAAAGACCUUUUUAUUGUUGAACAUUACAAACUUUAGUAAAAGAGCUUCUAGAUUUUUAAAAUGAACAUUUAUAAAAGUAUGAGAAAAGAUGUGAAUUUAACUUUUCAGAAAAAUCUUUUAAGAAGCCAUAAGCUGUUUGACAGCCAGGUUGGAGGGACCAGGCCACUUUCAUUGUAUAACAAAACAAAAGGAGGCACAAUUGCCUAAAAGGCACAGAGCAGCCAGAUCACACCAGAGAAUCCCUGUGAAACAGUUCAUUAGUAAUGUGUAAUCUACAGUGCCUGAGCAUCCGGACCCUGUGCAGGGUCUUCAAGCAUCAGGAGGUACAAGUGUGCAGGGAAGCAUACAUUAGAACUGGCUGCCUCUGUCUCAGUGUUUUCUGUUUUUCAGCCUGCUGCUGUUCUCUGGACAGUGACUGUAGUAAAUAAAUUAUUCUGAUGCCACGAUGGUUUGUUUUUAAUUUUUGAAGUGGCAUCAUUUUCUGUAAAAACUGUUUUGGAAGCUAUAAUAAAAGGUUUGGGACAAACAUG